CGGAGCACUACUUUCCGUGACGUUUAACACAGUCUUCUGCACGGUGACUUGCAAUUCAUUUAAAACAGAUUUUUAACUGCUGGAAGUAAAUUGCAUGCGUAGAUCAUUAUUAACAUUAACACAAUCGCUAGUUCGUAGUUGUCGCGACUGGCCGACAGGUUUGAAAGUUCGUACGUGCUUCGUAUUGAACAGAAACACGACGAUGGCACACGUGAAAACCCUCGUUGACAGCAAAAUCGCUGACAAGAAAGUCAUCAUCUUCUCUAAGUCCUACUGUCCUUUUUGCACCAAGGCAAAACACGUGUUUUUAAGACUGAUAGAGGAGGGGAAACUAUCCUCUGAUGAUUAUGAGGUGAUGGAAAUUGAAAAUAACCCAGACUGCGACGCUAUCCAGAACUACCUGCAGACAGUAACAGGUGCAAGAUCAGUUCCACGGGUCUUCAUUAAUGGAAAAUGUAUUGGCGGUGGGGAUGAUGUGGUUGCUGCAGACAAGGCUGGAGAAUUGGUGAAAAAGCUGCUGUGAGUUGCAAGGGAGUGUUGGCUUGCGGCAUCCUCUCUCCAUCAUUCACACCCAGCAACAGUCUUUUAACAAUAUCUGCCAUUUAAAAACAAUCUCAAACAAAUGCACCAAACAUCAACCGAGAAAUUUAUCCUUUUAGUAAGAAAGAAAUCCUUUUAUAAUUAGUAGUAUACUAUUUAAUAGUGAUGUGCUUAAGAAGAAUCAUUUUAUAGUGGAAAGUAACCCUGGAACUUGACAGCAGCUGAUGGAGAACAUUUAUAUUAAAAUGACAUUGUGUAAAUGUUUAAUGAGUUAUUAUGAUAUAUACAAUGAUGUUUACACCAAUGUUGAUGCCAUAUUUUAAUUUUAUGCAACAAAUUCAUGCAUCUCCAAGGUUAGGGUGCAGUUAGUAAAUAAAACAUGAAAGGAUUUUUGUUUUGGAAUAGCUGCCAACAUUUAGGGAAAAUGCAUUUAACCUGAAACUCAAUUCUUAGUUACUUAUCGAGAAGAGGAUUUAUUUUGCAAUCAGUUUAGUACAUUUCUCAAGUUUCCAUGUACAAGAAAGUAAAUAGAUAAAUAUAUUCAGUCCUAGAUAAAUAGAUAAAUAUAUUCAGUAAGCACACCAUUAUAGUCUAUGCAUACCUCUUGAUCUUUAAAUUGAUGAGUUUUUGUAUUGAAACUGAUUUCUUUAGUCUGUUCUGGCACUAUUCAGGUAACAGUUUUUGUUAAAAAAUGCUCAUAUUACACAUUAUAAAAGUUGUUAGUACUAACAUACCCAGUUUGGAAUAACUCUAAAUGAGGCAAUGUUGUGUCCUUUAUUGGGGAAAUGAUAAUGUAUUAGCUUGGUUCAGGGCUUUGAGGGCUUAUAUAGCAAUAAUGUCAUACAUGUUGGUGGAAUGUAUCUUUUCUUCAUGGUAUGACAGGAAUGUAAUAGCUUAAAGCCAUGAGCUGAAGAGUUGGAACAAAGUCUUUCAGUUUUUGUAACAUCUUCAGGGAUUGAACUCUAUAAACCUGAGCAGCACUAACUGCUUUAUGAUUUUUGACAGGAAUUAGAAACAUGUUUUGAGUGUGAGCUAGUUUUAGGAUCUUUAGGAUUUUGCGUGUUUGUGAUGGAUUGACAUUUGUUACUAAACACUUCACGCUUCUAACCAGUGUACCUGUAACUUUGAGGUGUAUUUACUUUUAAAAUAUUUUAAUUCACACUUAUUGAGAUACAUCUGACCAUUAAUUAAUUCUGAUAACUUUGUAUUUUUACAGCUUCUGUACUUUUUCCAUCAAUAAAGAGUUUUAUUUGUAAGAUUUUUGAGGGUGUGAAGUAUGGGUGAGUGCUACAAGUGAGUGUACAUUGUCAUAAAGAGGAACAUACUGUACCGUGAAAUUAUAUUACCUUUAUUAUGUUUGUCAAAAUGUUAAUGUUAUAAUAAAUUAAUGAAUUUGUUACAACUGACUAAUAUGAGAAGUUACAGAGGCAGUAUCAUCAUUUUAAGUAACAAGAAAAAGAAAAUGGUCAGUUUAAGUGUUAACUUCAUUUGAAGUUUCUUGAAUUUGGUUCUCCUGUGCUAACUCUUGGCUUGAUUCAGGUUUGAUCCUUGACUCUCUGUUGCUGUGUGUAAACAAGUGAACGACAAAGGGGAGCUCACCAUAGUCUUGCGGCAAAUGGAAGUGACUUCCCUUGAGAGUGAGGAGGAGUGGACUAAACACUUGGAGGUCAUGUGAAGACUAGGAAAGCACUUGCUCCUCCAUUUAACACAGAACAGACUAAUGGGCUUUCUCUAUCAUUGUCUAGCCCAAUUUGUGCUAUUUCAUUCUCUUUUGUGUGGAUCAAUACACCCUUAACAUUUAGUGAAUUAAACUUUAAAUAGUUACAGCAAAAUAGCUGCUUUCUACAAAGAUUGUCGAUUCGGCCAUUAACUAAUUUGACCCAAGCUGAUUCAGCUCAACCCUGAAUAAAUUUGACUGUCCA